GGAGAGAGCUCUGGGGCUGGCAUCAGAGGCUGGAACGAGGAGGAGGAGGGGCGGGGCGGAGCGAGCGAGCGAGCCUCCUGCAUCAGGCUGGCAGAGAAACCCUGCGAUGCUCUGCCUGCCUGCCUGCUUGGCUGCUCCAGGUGUUUUUGCCUCUGCCGCCGCCGCCGCCACCAGCCGCCCCUCUCGCCCGCCAGCAUCCCGGAUGCCUCCCUCUCGACGCAGCUGAUGCUCCUCUCCCAAGAGGAGGAUGGCCUGACAGAGGAUGUGAUUCCCCGCUUCCCUCCCUCUCCCUCCUCCUCCACCACCACCACCUCCUCCUCUCCGUUGCCCACCUUGCCCUGCCCUGCUGGGGGAGUCUGGGUCCCCAAAGCGCAGGGUGGGCGCAGACCAUGGCAGUGGGCUCCCCGCAGCUGCUGCCCCUGCUCACCCCUUGCUCGCCUCUGAGGACCAGGGCAGCGGCAGAAGACGAGGGAGACGUGGGGGGAGAUGGGGCUGAAAGCCAGGAAGGCGGCGGCGGCGGCGGCAGCAUCGCCAGGGGCUGGUGAUGGGGGUCGUGGCCGCCGCCGCCGCGGCGGCGGGGACCUGGAGGAGAAGAAGGCGGCUGGCGACCUGGAGCAGGGCUCCUUGGCUCUUGGAGCCGGCGCAGACAAGGACGGGGCCCUGCUGCUGGAAGGAGGGGGCCGGGAGGACGGGGGCAAGAGGGCCACGCCAGGGAUCGGGCUGCUGGCCAAGACCCCGCUGAGCCGACCCGUCAAGAGGAACAACGUCAAGUACCGGAGGACCCAAACUUUGAUCUACGACGCGCUGGAGAGGCCGCGAGGCUGGGCGCUGCUCUAUCACGCCUUCGUGUUUCUGAUAGUCCUGGGAUGCUUGAUUUUGGCUGUGCUGACAACAUUUAAGGAGUAUGAAACUGUAUCAGGAAAUUGGUUGUUGCUGCUGGAAACCUUUGCCAUUUUCAUCUUUGGAGCAGAGUUCGCCUUAAGGAUCUGGGCUGCUGGGUGCUGCUGUCGAUACAAAGGAUGGAGAGGGAGGCUGAAGUUUGCCAGGAAACCGUUGUGUAUGUUGGAUAUCUUUGUACUGAUUGCUUCUGUGCCAGUGGUGGCUGUCGGCAACCAAGGCAAUGUCCUGGCUACAUCGUUGAGGAGUCUCCGUUUCCUUCAGAUCCUCCGGAUGCUUCGGAUGGACAGGAGAGGUGGCACCUGGAAGCUCUUGGGAUCUGCCAUUUGUGCCCACAGCAAAGAACUCAUCACUGCCUGGUAUAUUGGGUUCCUGACGCUGAUCCUCUCCUCAUUCCUGGUUUACCUGGUGGAGAAGGAUAUACCUGAAAAGAAUGCUGAAGGAAAGGAGAUAAAGGAGUUUGAAACCUACGCUGAUGCACUGUGGUGGGGUCUGAUUACGCUUGCAACCAUCGGCUACGGUGACAAGACCCCCAAAACAUGGGAGGGACGUCUCAUCGCGGCAACAUUCUCUCUCAUCGGCGUUUCAUUUUUUGCUCUUCCAGCUGGCAUCUUGGGUUCAGGAUUGGCUCUGAAAGUCCAGGAACAACAUCGCCAGAAGCACUUUGAGAAAAGAAGGAAGCCGGCAGCCGAACUCAUACAGGCUGCCUGGAGGUAUUAUGCUACUAAUCCUAAUAGGAUGGACCUCGUGGCCACUUGGCGGUUUUAUGAAUCAGUUGUCUCGUUCCCAUAUUUCAGGAAAGAGCAGGUGGACGGUGCCAGCCAAAAACUGGGUCUCUUGGAUCGGGUUCGUGGUACCAAUACUAAAGGAAAGCUAUUUACCCCUCUGAAUGUAGAUGCAAUUGAAGAAAGUCCUUCUAAAGAGCCUAAGAGUGCUGCCUUGAAUAAUAGGGAGCGUUUUCGCACUGCAUUCCGAAUGAAAGCAUAUGCAUUCUGGCAAAGCUCAGAAGAUGCUGGAACUGGGGAUCCUUUGGCGGAAGAUAGAGCAUACAGUAAUGAACUCCUCAUUGAAGACAUGAUCCCCACACUGAAAGUGGUCAUCCGAGCUGUCAGAAUACUACAGUUCCGCCUCUAUAAGAAGAGAUUCAAAGAGACUUUGAGGCCUUACGAUGUAAAGGACGUGAUAGAGCAAUACUCAGCAGGGCACCUUGACAUGCUUACCAGAAUCAAAUACCUUCAGACAAGAAUAGAUAUAAUUUUUGCACCUGGACCUCCAUCCACUCCCAAGCAUAAGAAACCCCAAAAGGGAAGCGCCUUCUCUUACCCUACACAACAGUCCCCAAGGAAUGAGCCGUACAUAGCCAAAGCAUCCACAGUAGAUCCUGAAGACCAAAGUAUGAUGGGCAAGUUUGUCAGAGUUGAAAGACAGGUCCAUGACAUGGGGAAGAAACUGGAUUUUUUAGUCGACAUGCACAUGCAGCACAUGGAGCAGCUGCAAGUCCAAGUCAUGGAGGUGUGCCCUUCAAAAGAAACUGCCUCUCCAGCAGAGGAUAACAGAUAUUCUGAACUGAAAUCCAUCAUUUACAAAUACUCUGAGCCUUCCAUUCAUGAAAUGCCUCCUAGCUUCCACCAAGUCCCGGUGAACAAAGUCACUCCUUUUGGCUUCUCAACACAGGGCCAUCACAGUGGUCCACUUUCAUUGCCGUUGGGUGGGCAAAACUCCAGUCGGUUUCCAGCCGGCCCAUUCUCAACUUCGUACAUCGAAAGGCCAACCGUUUUGCCUAUACUUACGUUAAUUGACUCCCACGUUUCUUACCGGUCACCAUCUGGAGAUCUCCGGAGCCCACCUCGAGACUGGAUCUCUUCUAGGCAGAACCACAGCAUGACAAGAGACAGCGACACCCCGCUAUCCCUCCUCUCUGUCAACCAUGAGGAACUGGAGCGCUCACCAAGUGGAUUCAGCAUCUCCCAAGACAAAGAAGACUUCCCUUUUGGGCCCAGCGGGGGGUCAAGUUGGAUGAAGGAGAAGCGUUACUUAGCAGAGGGUGAAACAGACACGGAUACUGAUCCUUUUACUCCGAGCGGCUCUAUGCCUCUUUCUUCAACAGGGGAUGGGAUUUCUGAUUCAGUAUGGACCCCUUCCAACAAGCCGGUUUAAAAUUCUCCGUGGGUGGGGGGGGUGAUCUUGGGCUGGCUUCUUCUUGUAAUGUAAACAUAAACUUUGUAUAUCUCACUAUACACCCAAAGCUUCCUAGCUCAAAAACAAAACACCGAUGGCUGCACUGCAUGCUGGUAUUAGUGGUUAAUCAUUCUGCACCAUUCCAUACGGCCGAUUAAUGCGGUUUUGCUCAUGCUGCCAAAACUAAGUGGCUUAGUUUUGAGCAUGAUUUUGCAUGACUUUACACUAUAAAUGGUACAGAUCAUUUCUUCUGUAAUUAAAAUAGCAAAAAAAAUAUUGUUUUUUGGUACACCAACAGUUGGGUCCAUGCCAGGCAAGAACAUAAUGCCGUUACAUGCUACAUUUCUGUAAGCAGAGCAAAAUCAAGAACAAGUUUCUAGAGCAAUGCCCUUUGCAGAAUAUAUAUAUAUGUCUGUUUCUGGAAUAUUCCCUCCACUAUUUAAAUCUUGGUUAAGCAUUUUCAUUCAUUUGAUUUCUAUACCGCCCUUCCAAAAAUGGCUCAGGGUGGUUUACACACAGAAAUAAUAAAUAAAUAAAUAAGAUAAGAUAAGAUAAGAUAAGAUGAAUCCCUAUCCCCAAAGGGCUCAUAAUCUAAAAAGAAACAUAAGAUAAACACCAGCAACAGUCACUGGAGGUACUGUGCUGGGGGUGGAUAGGACCAGUUACUCUUUCCCUGCUAAAUAAAAGAGAAUCACCACGUUAGGUGCCUCUUUGCCAAGUUAGCAGGGGUUAUUUUGCCAUUGCUGCAGCAAUCAUGCGUGUUAAUUCUGCCCAUCCAAACUUCAAUUUAUUUGACAUUUGGGGACGUUCCUCAUGCUUUUCUGAUACCUGAUGUUACAUAUACAUAGGUACUAGGCCUGUGCACUCUGAGAAUUGUUGAAUCUGAUCCCACAGGAAAAUUGUCAGUAGGGACCGACAUGCCCAUCCGCCCCAACUGUCAGGUAGGGUUGGAUCAGAAAUCUGACCAUUUUCCAACAUUCCAUUUUUGGUAUUUAAAAGUUACAGUUUUCCCUUUAACUUAUACAUCUCCAGCAGGUGAAAGAGAAGCCAUCUCUCAGCUGAGAAACUGCUUCUCUUUCAUGUGGUUGGGUCCAACAGGCAUAUUGGAACACCAACAGGAGGGGUUUUAGUCUGGGUUCCUACUUUUCAUGGCAGAACUCCUUCCUAUAAUAAUAAUAAUAUAAAGAGCCCCUGGUGGCGCAGUGGUAAAACUGCCGCCCUGUAACCAGAAGUUUGCAAGUUCUAUCCUGACCAGGGGCUCAAGGUUGACUCAGCCUUCCAUCCUUCCGAGGUCGGUAAAAUGAGUACCCAGAAUGUUGGGGGGCAAUAUGCUAAAUCAUUGUAAACCGCUUAGAGAGCUUCCAGCUAUAGAGCGGUAUAUAAAUGUAAGUGCUAUUGCUAUUGCUAUUGCUAUAAUGCCCAACAGAGAGCAUAUCGGGUCCAUCAUGCCUAUUGGACUGACCCAACUGCAUAGCCCUGGUAGGUACUUCCAUAGAGCUUAAGCAUUUGCCUAGGCGCUUAAUUUUCAUUGGUCUCAAUGGGGCUUCUAAGUGCCGAAUAAUCUGAAUUGUGCCAAUGCCUCACUCACCUUUGAGCCCCAGUCUCAUUUAACUCAAUGGGGUUAAAGCCAUUUCUGUUAGCUGAAGCUGAUUUAUUGGUUUGAGUGGUUUAUUGGUUUAAAUAAGAUGUUAUGUAUCAACAUUAUUCAGCUUGUGUCCAGUUCCUCUUGGCUUUAAGAGUCAGGUCACAUUUCAUGUGUUCUGUAUUUAUCCUUGUGUUCUUGUGCUGUGACAACACAGUAUGUCAAGUAUGAAGGGGAGAUGCAAGUUGCAAAACUCUAGGGGGCACCGUGAACAUGCUCUGGGGAGCCAAGAUUGGCUGAAGCUCCCUAUCCUAAUAGGGAACACAACUUUAAACAUGGCAGAUAUGCCUGCCUCCAUAAAAUGGGAAUCAGCUCUAAAUCCCAUUGAAUGCUUAAAGAGCAUGUAACAGUGUUCUUAAGUUCUGAUGAUUUCAAUGUGAUUUGCAUGGACUUAGUGUCUGCCAUAUAUGAUGGAUGGUUAACAGCAAUUGUCUUGCUAUCUGGGCUAAGCAUAUACUGUACAAAAGGAGUGCACUUCAUCCAAUCUGCUGCAUUUUCUACCUGGUUAUGUGCCCUGAAAUUUGCAAUGUUUUGAAAGGGUUUAGGGUUUUAUCCCCUGAAGGGUCUGCUGUAAGGAGUUUCAACUUCCUCUUGAAAUGGUGGUUCCUUUCUGUGGUAGAAUCUUACCUUCCUGCUGCUCAUAAAUUAUUGCAAAAACUGGCACCCACUUGAACACAGCAAAGAUUGUAGCAUGAUCCUACUGAGAUCAGCAAGCAAUUUGCUCUGGGUUUUAGUGGCACCAAACAUUUCAGCCAGUCACACAAAGGAGAAAGUGGCCCAGGUACAGGUGAAACUCGGAAAAUUAGAAUAUCGUGCAAAA